AUGGUCAACAUUUACCUACCAAUGAAUAAUCAACAAAUCUUUGCGCUUUCUAUCCCUCUCGUCGAUAUUGAGAGGCUUACCCUGCGCCCAGUCAAAUGGCUUCGGUUUCUGCUCUUCACGCUUUGCGGGGUUCGUGGAGAACUCGCUACGAGACCCAAUGGCCUCCCUGUCGACUAUGACAUCAGCCUCAAUGACUUGGCUGAGGCAUAUCAUUUUAUGCCUCAAGGGGAGUAUCGCCUCGUUGAUCUCCAUGCAAUUGACGACCGGUACAUUGAAUUUGUUCUUCGAGACCGUCAGCAUCUUUACGACCUCAAUGAAGAAUCCGUUGAUCUGGGCAUCAACUCAAUUGAGAAUGGAUUGCUGUUGCGCCCGGAUUUGCAUAAACUUUUGGGGGCGGGGAGUUGCGCGUUCUUGGUGACGCCCAACUUCGCUCUAGAACCUGCCGACAUCCCUCGCGUUGAGACAGGCCCAAUGCCGUCCCGUCGUAUCACCCUUCAACAUUUUGAAACGUAUCCUUCACAAACACCACAGUCUGAUGCAUGCAUGAGAGGCACAGGCACACCGCGGCCAUCCACCAUCGUGCUGGACUACAUGUAUGGUGCCGCUGCCUACCGACGCUGGGGCAGAGGACAGGAAAUCAAGGACUUGAUGCAACAGCGUUUUACGGAAAGCUACAAGUCAAUACCAAUACCACCAGCCCCUCCGCAUAUCAGUGACGACAGCGAUCAAAACAUGGAGUCCGAUGAUUCGAAAGAUCUCGAUUAUCCACUCGGGGAGAAGAAAAACCGACGAAGAAAGCACUCUGACACCUCACCUGAAAUGCUUCAGGCAAUGGACGAUAUCCUUGUGCUCUCCAUGUUGAUCAAGGGUACAACUCCUGAAUCGAUGGCUGCAGAAGCACAGAGGCGAGCGGAGGCGGAAGAGUUGCACGCUCAAGAGGCUAGUAAAGUGAAGGUGCAACAGUGGAUGCAGAACUCUGAGUCUCCUAAUACCAAUUUCUAAUCAAAUGCGGCUAGUACUAAUACGACCACCUCUUCGCGUCACGCAUCACAGAGGCGUUGGAAGGAAGGGAAGGGAGCGUGAUGUCACGCAUCACACCGGCUUUUGAAGCCAUUCCUCGCCUUUUAAAAUUUUCCUUUUUUCCUAUUUUUUCUGGUGCCUGUGGCGCCCUAGCCAUGUAAACAAUACUUGGCAUAUUCCAUCUACUUCUAACAAGAAUUGCCCCACC